AUGGUUCUCAUUUCUUCUAAGACCCUUAUCCAGAUACAUGCUGUGUGUCUGCUUGUGGUCGCUGGCUACCUGGUCAAGAGUCCGGAGGUUAUUACGGACUGUGAUCUAGUGUUUAUGAUGGGAGAAGCCUUGCAAAUUGACUUUCCAUCCCUGUCAAGCCCGCAACAAUCCCCCUUCACCUUCUGUGCUAUACUCCUCUUCGUGGAGGCCCUUAUCGACCUCGUCCUGCUGUCCAACAUCCCAUUCCAUGAAGCCCUCGAUGAAGCUCUCCCCUAUAUCCGGCCGUUGCGAAACGGCAACCUCCCCGCCGAGGACCUACAGGUUCUACAGCGUCUGCCUGAAUAUAUCACCAAGUCCUUGACGGUUUACUGGAGCGUUUGGGUCGCAGUUGCUGCGUGCCGUUUUGCUGUGUAUGCCGGCAUUGCAUUCUUUAUCUACCAGGGCAAAGGUGAACACCUGGCCUCAUCUUAUACAAGUGCUGCGAGUAUUGGAGGCUUGAAUCGCCUGAAGAACCGGGUGGUCUUCAGCUUUACUUUCUUCGAAAUGAUGUUUUGGUUCUGGACUUUCACCACCCUCCGUGAGGAGCGCCAGGAACGCCUGACCAAGCUGCUAGAGGAUACCCGUGAAAUGUGA